UCCAACGCACUUCAUAUAAAAACAGCAAUCAGAUUCAGCAAUCUUCAGUCUGUUGCUGUUAGUGUUGGCAGCUUAAAAUAUCACGAUGAUCUGGUCGACGGUUUCCUUCAGGUUUGCCCUGAUUUUAUCAAUUUUGUCAUGGGCCUCUGCUGUUGAAUUUUCAAUGUGUGAAAUUGGAAAAGGUAAUGAAUGUGAUAACUUAAAAAAAGAUCUUAGCGGUCACACCUUGAAAUGUGUAAAGGCAGCAAAUAUCUACCGUUGUAUGCAAAUGGUAAAGAAUGGUGAAGUUGAUGUGGUAGGUGUUUCUGAUACUGAUCUCUACCCAGCUGGCAAGUUUCUGAAUCUCAAACCAUUCCUUCGAGAAGUUUUAGACAAUGACCAAACCUAUCGUUAUAAGGCUGUGUUUCUCAUAAAGGACGGUAGUAGCAUUACAAACCUCGACUCCCUGAAGGAUAAAAAAUCUUGCCAUACUGGUGCUGGAAAAACCACUGGCUGGACUGUACCUGUCUCCAACUUACAAAAACUGCAGAAAAUAAAAAUAAAAACAUGCUAUGAUACAGUUGCUAAUGUUGCUGACUUCUUCGCUGAGUCCUGUGCCCCUGGGGCAAUGUCACCAAAAUUCAAUCCUUUCACUACCAACCGCCCUGCUGUUUGCGGACUUUGUACAGACUGUUCAAUGAAUAGCUCGUUUGCUGGAUAUAAAGGUGCUUUAAAAUGCCUUCUGGAUGACAAAGGAGGGGAUAUUGCAUUUGUUAGCCACAGGGAACUGGGAGGCAGGUCAUUAUCUCUGCUCUGUCCUGAUGGGAGUGUGAAAAAUCAAUCUGAAUAUGAAAGCUGCAAUUGGGCAACUAGACCAUCAGAUGUCUUUGUUACCUCUCCUGAAAUGGAAAAUGGUAAAUUGACAGAGAUUACUAAAGCACUUAAAGAUAAUGCAGACAAAAUUAAGAAACACCUUCAUACUUUCAAGGAUAGCAAGAAUUUCAAAGAAACAAGUGAAAAUUACAAAACAAUAAUGGGUGAUGGAUUUUUCAAUACAUUUGAGUAUUAUCACACUUGUAAAGAUGAUCUAAGAUGGUGCACUGUGAAUGAUGCAGAAAUGAAGAAAUGUUCAGAUUUGAAAUUGGCUUUUGCUGCAAAACGUGCAACCAAUAAACUGAAAUGUGUGAAGGGUACAGAUGCUCAUGACUGUAUUAGAAAAGUAACAUACAAAAAUGCGGAUUUUGUUGUUUUAGACGGUGGAAUUAUUGUAGAUGCCAAAAAUGAUGAUGAAUGUAAAAUUACACCUGGAAUAUCUGAAACUCAUAUAACAGAAAAGAAUGCUCAGGAAGCCUCCUACUAUGCCGUGGCUGUGGUAAAGAAAGACUCCAAAUUGAAGUUUCCUAAUUUGAAAGGUGCCAAAUCAUGUCACACUGGUUAUGGUAAAACAUCAGGAUGGAAGGUGCCGGUUGGUUUGUUAAUUGAAAAGAAUGAGAUUAAAAAUGAUAAUAUUGUUAAAAAUGUUGGAGCAUAUUUCUCUAAAAGUUGCGUUCCUGGAGCUUUAGACGCAAAAAAUAAUCCAAAUCAUGGUAACCCUGCAUCUUUGUGUGCGCUUUGCCCAGAUAAUGGCAAGGAAUGUUCUGCAAGCAAGAAGAACAAAUACUAUGGCUAUACAGGUGCUUUCCGAUGUCUAGCUGAGGAUACUGGUGAGGUGGCAUUUGUGAAACACACCACAGUUUUGGAAAGCACUGAUGGUAAAGGAAAAGAAGAGUGGGAAAAAGAUCUAAAAUCAGAAGAUUACGAACUUUUAUGUAGCGACGGCUCACGUGAGUCAGUUCAAAACUGGCUCACAUGUCAUCUUGCCAAAGUUCCUGCACAUGCAAUGGUUUUCAAUGACGACCAAGUGGCAAAGCGUAUGUACAGUGUAUUCAGUUACUUGGAUUUGGGAUCCAGUGAAACCAAGGAUCUUUUAUUCUCAUCCAGUGGUGGUAAAAAUCUUCUUUUCAAGGAGAGUGCAAUUGGGCUUUCAUAUAUUUCUGAGCCACAGAAAUUCAUACCUCAUACAUACCAAGACAUUCUUGAGAAUUUCAGUUCGAAUGAAAAAAUAUGUUCUGCUGCUUCUUCCACUCUCUAUAAUACAUACACUUUGUUACUCCUCGCCUUCAUAGUUUUCUUAAAGCAAAUUUUUUAAUCCUUUCCCCCACUGUCAGUGUGUUGCAUGUGUGUGUAUAUAUAUAUAUUAUAAAAAU